UAGAAAAGUAUGAAAUAAAUAAAUAAAUAUUGUGGGAUAAGGGGAAAAGUAGCUGUUUGGUUCAUAAUAUAGAUUCGGAGACUUUUCCGAGGACUUAAUUCUUGGCAUGUUUAGACAGACACAAGUACCGCGGCGACUGUGCCUACCAGGUUGUGAUGUUUAUUUAUUUUAUUUAGUUAUUAAAACAUUUUUAUGCCUCCCCAUUCGCCGAAGCCUCGGGGCGGCUUACAACAUGUUUGCCCCGCUUUCUUUCAGGAUGAAGACCUAGGCACUAGCUGGAAUCCCCCACUUACGGAAUCCCAUGCUGCUUUCAGGGUGUGAAUAUUUUCCAAGCAGAAGCGCUUGGUUUUCCAAAAUGUAGACGGCCUGCUGAUCUGGGAACGCUUUGUCUUAAGAAGAAAAGAAAGAAAGGGGAAGAAGCAGGACGGGGACCUUUGAUGGGGGCUGCUUUGGAGCAUGGCUCGAAAAUGGAAGAGCCAGAUUCUGUGGGUCCGGAGGAUGGAAGAGACCCUGAUGCCUUCCUGGCUGAGGGUGGGGGUGAAUUCUGGGAAAGGACCAUCCAGGAGAUCCUGGGCGAGGAGGACGCCCUCCGCUUGGAUACCGAGUGCCAGCACUUCAGACAUUUCCAGUACCGAGAUGCCGAGGGGCCCCGAGAAGUUCGCAACCGGCUCCACCACCUCUGUAUUCAGUGGCUGAAGCCAGAGCAACACACGAAAACUCAGAUCCUGGACUUGGUGAUCUUAGAGCAAUUCCUGGCUGUCCUUCCCCCGGAGAUGCAGAGCUGGGUGAGGGGAUGUGGGCCGGAGACCAGCUCCCAGGCGGUGGCCCUGGCCGAAGGCUUCCUCCUGAGCCAGGUAGAGGAGAAGAAGCAGGAAAAGCAGCAGCCCAGCCUACUUUUAUCUGCUGCUCCACCUUCUGCCAGAAUGAAGCCACGGGGAGUUUCUUCGACGCAGGAUUCGGCCCAGGGUCAGAAGACCUUCCGGCACCCCUAUGACAAGACAGCAAAAGCUCCACCAGCCACCAGGCAAGGAUCGCUCUUCCGGUGGCUCCUGGAGGAGUUUGACCAAGCGGCCACUUUCCUGGGGAAUGGAAUGACAUCAGGGGUCCAUUCGCAAUGGCCUCCGGCAUGCGCUGGAGCAGAGACCUCUGUGGUGCAGCCCGAUCAGGGCCUGGUGACCUUUGAGGACGUGGCGGUGUAUUUCUCUGACCAGGAAUGGGCAGUGUUGGAUGCAGGCCAGAGAGCCCUGCACGGGGAAGUCAUGGACGAAAACCUCAGGAAUCUGGCUUCUCUGGCCCUGUUUGCAGCUGCCAUGGAACGCGGAUUGGAAAUGGAAGAGCAAAACUCAUCUGAGCCAGAAGUGGAAAGAAACCCUGAUGCCUUCCCAGCUGAGAAAAGAGAGGAAUUCUGCAAAAGAAUCAUGCAGGGGGUCCUGGAUGACGAUCAGCGGGGCAGGAAAGAUGAAGGCGAUCCAUGCAGGAUGUUGUUAGAAACAGCCCAAUGUAGAAAGGUUGAAGAGCAGCACGCAUCAGCUGAUGCUAAAGAGGAAAAGCAGGAUGGAAUUUGUGCUUCACUGGGAAAUGUUGUCGUCUGUGAAAUCCCAGUCCAAGAAAUUACACAUGAAGGAGAAGCAAGAAUUCAGUGCCUUGUGUGUGGGAAACAAGUCAGUGAUCCAUCCAACUUUAAUCUUCUUAUGAGGACUCACCCAGGAGACACAUCUCUCAAAUGCUAUGAUUGUCAAAAGUUCUUCAGGAUUAAGAAACAUCCCACUUCUCAUCAAAGAAUACACCCAGUGGAGAAACCACUCACUAGUUUGAAGUGCGGAAAGAGCUUCUGUUGGGCUGAGUCACUUACUUUAUAUCACUGUGCUCACAUGGGAGAGAAGCCAUUUAAAUGCUUGAAGUGCGAACAGACUUUCCUUGGGACAACACAUUUCACUCCUGAUCAUGUAACCCCUACAAGGGAGAAACCAUUUAAAUGUUUGCAGUGUGGAAAGAGCUUUAUUCAGAGCUCAAACCUUCUGUCACACCAAAGAAUCCACUCAGCAGAAAAACCAUAUAAAUGUUUGGAGUGUGGAAAGAGCUUUCGAUGGAACUCCCUGCUUAUAACACACCAAAGAAUCCACACCGGGGAAAAACCUUUUCAGUGCUUGGAGUGUGGAAAAAGCUUCAGCCGGAGCUCACAUCUCAUGGCGCACCAGAGAAUCCACACAGGGGAGAAACCUUUUAAAUGUUCGGAGUGUGAAAAAAGCUUUGGUCAGAGCUCACAACUUAUGGCACACCAGAGAAUUCACACAGGGGAGAAACCUUUUAAUUGCUUGGAGUGUGGUAAGUGUUUCACUCAGAGUUCACAACUUAUGGCACAUCAAAGAAUCCACACAGGAGAGAGACCAUUUAAAUGCUUUGAGUGUGGAAAGACUUUCCCUGUUGAGAGAUACUUCACUUCCCAUCAAAAAAUCCACACAGGAGAAAAAACUUUUAAUUGCCGGGAGUGUGGGAAAAACUUUAGUCAGAACUCACAGCUGAGGGCUCACCAAAGAAUUCACACGGGGGGGAAACCAUUUCAGUGCUUGGAGUGUGGAAAGACUUUUCGUUUUGGGAGAUACCUCACUUCUCAUCAAAUAAUCCACACAGGGGAGAAACCAUUUAAAUGUUUGGAGUGUGGAAAGAGCUUCAAUCGGAGUUCACACCUUGUGGAACACCAAAGAAUCCACACAGGGGAGAAACCUUUUAAAUGUUCAGACUGUGGAAAGAGUUACUUUGGGAAACAUUCUCUUAUCGAACAUCAAAAAAUUCACACAAGGAAAAAUGGAGUAGGAGUUUAGAAUGCGAAAAGAGCUUCUGUAUGGCUAACUCUUUAAUGUUUGCAUGGCACAGUUGUCUAAAUUAUGGUUUGGAGAAGUUUUGACCUAGUAUGGCUGGUCCAAAGCCCUGCUUAAUUUGUGGAAUGAGCUGAGCAGUUGACACAAUUGCUACUGGGCGGAUACAGUAAAACCUUGGAUUGUGAGCAUAAUUCGUUCUGGAAACAUGCUUGUAAUUCAAAGCACUUGUAUAUCAAAGCAAAUUUCCUCAUAAGGUUCAAUGUAAAUAAGGUUAAUCCGUUCUGUAA